AUGGUGGGGGAGCGGGGACCCAGCUCGUGGAGGACAGAAGCAGAGGAUAGCUAUCGCCCGGGCCCUGGCCAGGGCGGCCGCACCACGAUAGUGACGCCACCGCCUGUCCACCAACUGUCCACCAUCAGAACAGCUGACGUGAUCGCUGGCUUCAGCAACGGAGAGGUGGUGGAGCAGGGAACACACAGGGAACUCAUGGCCAAGAAGGGGGUCUACUACUCUCUGGUCAUGCAGCAGAGUCAAGGGAAGCUAGAGGAAGAUGAAGAGGACCCUGUGGAAGAGGAUAACCCUCCUAAAUAUGAGYAUCUAGAUGAUGUCCUAUAUGACUCAUCUGACAUGGAUGAGCUGGAAGUGGUAAACGAGGAAGGAAUAGAAAACGGCGGCUUUGAAAGGAACUCAAUCAGCAGUGGCCGUGUGGAAAUGAAACCGACCAGGAGGAAAUCUAAGAAGUCCAAGAAAGACAAGAAGGUACUAUUACAUAGAUCAUCCUUUAGGGUGCAAUAUGACAUCCUUUAUGUGUUAUAUAGGAACAUGGCUUUGUUAUAGUGCUAUUGCUGAAUUAUCAUCGUAUCUAUUAUAUAAUGUAUAGUUU